AUGGGGAGCAACCACUCAAACAUUGAUGAAAUCUUGGCGGAGGACAUGCACCACUGGUACAACAAGUUCAUGAAGGAGAGUCCGUCUGGUCUCAUCACGCUGUUCGAGCUCAAGGCCAUUCUGGGUCUUCAGGGCCUGAACCCAGACGCCGCCAGCUACGUAGAGCAGAUCUUCUGCACCUUCGACAUGGACGGGGACGGCUACAUUGACUUUGUGGAGUACAUCGCUGCCAUCAGUCUGCUGCUCAAAGGGGAAAUAAACCAGAAGCUGAAGUGGUAUUUCAAACUGUUCGACCAGGACGGCAACGGCAAGAUCGACCGCGACGAGCUGGAGACCAUCUUCUCUGCAAUCCAGGACAUCACACGCAACAAAAACAUCGACCCUGAGGACAUCGUUUCGCUCAUAUUUGAGAAAGUUGACGUCCACGGAGAAGGCGAGCUGACGUUAGAGGAGUUCAUCGACGGAGCCAAGGACCAUCCAGACAUCAUGGAGAUCCUCCGGAACCUCAUGGACCUGACCCCAGUCCUGGUCAUCAUCAUCAACGGGAGAAACUGA